AUGGGGACGAUUGAAUCAUCUUUAAUCUUGACCAUUUGUAUCUUUUGGUUUUACUAUUUGUACAAGAAAAGAAAUUCUUAUUUACCACCAGGACCAACACCAUUCCCAAUUGUAGGAAAUUUACUUAGUCUAAAUGUUGAUCCACAUAUUAAACUUUUAGAAUUUUCUAAACGAUAUGGUGGUAUAUUUACUGUAUACAUGGGAUCGAUCCCAACCGUUGUCAUGAAUGAUCCAGAGUAUUUGAGAGAAAUAUUUGUUCUUCAAUCUGAAAAGAGUAUCGAUCGUUACUUAUCCACUAGUGCUUUAAUUAUUGGUGACAAUCAAAAAGAUUUCUUAUUUUCAAAUGGUGACUAUUGGAAGAGAUAUAGAUUCAUUCUUGCCAAUACAUUUUCAAAAUUAAGACAUUAUCCUUUAAUUAUGGAAAAAGUUUCAAAUGAAGCUCUAACUGCUGUUAAAAGUUUAGAAAAUCAUCUAAUCAUUAAUCCACAAGAAUUUUUCAAAACAUAUACAUUAAAUGUAACUACAUUAAUUUUAUAUGGAGAUCGAAAUGACUAUCAUACCGAUGAAAAGUCAUUUGUCAUUGAUGCCGUAACCAUUGUUGAAAAGGAAUUAUCGGUUGGCAAUGUUGCCGAUCUUUUACCAUUCUUGGAGUAUUUCUUCCGAGGUAGCAGAGACAAGCUAGUAACCAUUUUACAAAAGCUUUGGGAUUAUAGUGAAAAAUCAAUUCAUCAACAUAAAAAGAAAUUAGAAAAUGAUCCAUCAAAGAUUGAAGAUUUAGUUGAUUUGUUUUUAACAGAAAUUAAAAAGAGUGAAGAUCCUGAAUACUUUACCAAUGGUUUAAUUAAAGUUUGUAGUGAUUUGUUGUUAAGUGGAACCGAGACAUCUGCGUCUACUUUAUCAUGGUUGUUCCUCUUUUUGAUUAAUAAUCCAAACUAUCAGGAAAAGGUAUAUGAUGAAUUGGUUGCUUGCCAAGCCGACACGAUCACCUUGAAACAUCGCAACUCUACACCAUUCCUCAACGCUUGUAUGAAAGAAACACUCCGUAUUCGACCAGUUGGUGCCCUUUCUCUACCACGGAGAGCCACUGAAGAUAUAUGUGUAAAGGAUAAAUACAUCAUUCCAAAGGGCACCCAAUUAAUCAUGAACCUCUAUGGUGUAUGCAACGAUGAAAAGUAUUGGAAGGAACCAACUGUAUUUAAUCCAUACCGUUGGUUGUCAGAUGAUGGUUUGAUGGAUGAAAACAGCACCAACGACAAGUACCUUCCAUUUGGUAUUGGUAGUCGAUCAUGUGUCGGCUCUUCACUUGCCAAAGAAGAAAUGUAUUUGAUUGCUGCCAAUAUCUUGUUGAAAUACAAGUGCCAUGAUUCUCUUGGUCGUUCUCAUCUAGACGAACAUGGUGUAUUUAGUGUUGCUUUAGCUCCUCAACCUUUUGAUUUAAAACUUACAUGUAGAUAG